UGUAAAGUAGUGAGAGCUCAAGAUCCACUCGGGGCCAGGUUCAAUGAAUCUGAAAACAUUACCUACUUUUUUUCUGUGCUGAUUAUUAUUUAAACAUUGUUCAUGGUCGGAUUAGACGUCAAAAAAAAAAGAGAGAGUUGGUGUAUGCAUGCGCGCGAUCGAGGGAUUUCAGAACAUUGUUCCUGAUAUGAUAUGUAUCAUGGCCUUUGCUGAAAGCUUCUCGAUCUCAAACUGCUCCUGCUUAUAACUACCUCUCCUUCUUCAACCUCUUUCCUUGAGCUCCAUGGGGAGCUGAGGAUGUCACGGGGUGAUUGAAUUUGCACAAAAUGGUUGCCCCGUUCGAUAUCUUAAACCCGAUUUCUGGUAGCAGUGUUCUUGUUGAAGAGGUCUUGAAUGUGGCUUCAUUUCAAGGCUUGGAUGUAAUUGGAGCUUACUGUUGAAAUGGAACCAGCAAAUAGCAAUCCUGGGCAGCCAAGACAUACUGCACCAAUUUAUUGGAAAUGCUUUCAAGUUCAAGCCACGGAUGUGGCUGCAGUUUGCAUUUUCCUCAAGAAUUUCUGUCAAUGUUCAAGUCAGGCAAUAUUAUCAUGCCACUACUAUUGUUCUGUCAGGAUGAAAGGGAAGGGAGGAGGUGGCCGGAGGAAGUAAAUAAGGGCAAGGAGUGUAGGCUAAAAAUAGGAGACGUCGAAGUUAAACAAGAGUCAAAGCUCCCCCAUUUCAAUGAGAAUUUUCCCAAGUUAGAGUGCCCAUCUGCACCAUGGUUGGGUUUGCUCUUCACUUAUUGGUGCCACAUUUGCCAGGCUUCGGAAGAAUCACAUGUUGACUUGGAUGAAGGGCAGAUGGUAAGCACUCAUGAUCAGAUUAAGUUGGCCAAGUUCAAGCCAGAUGGUGACCUGACCAUCACAUGGAACAUGCAAAGCAAGAAUGGCAGUUUACAUUGUCCUCUUUUUGUUGACCCCCCUAUGACCAUGACCGUCAAUCAUCAUCACGGUCAUGAUCAAUUCCACAUGGAUCUUCUAGUCUGGAACACUAGGAUCUCUCUCUCUCUCUCUCUCUCUAGGGAGUUUCUAUUUUGUUCUACUGACGAGUUCCCCUUAGCAACUUCAAGUAUUUUCUGUUCAUGUGUAAUAGUGCACUUGAUCACACAGUCUACCCCUGUUAUUUUUCCUCAACUUUGAUAAACAUUGGUGGCAGUUUGUAUAUUUCCAAUUUUAUUUGAUUUUGUGAGCAA